UAUAAUUGAAUACAGUCUAAUAGCUCAAAUAUUGAUACACAAAUUGUGAACUAUUUAUUUCUGAAUAGGAUCUCUUGAUUUGUUUUUAAAGACACGAUGAGUUGAUGAAAUUAAUUAUAUAACUGUGCAUUGUGUGUAGGCCUAUAUUGUGUGUAGGCCAAUAUUUAAAUAGUUUUUAAUCAAUAGUGGGCUGUACAUAACUUGUGAAAGAUACGACUAAGUGAAUGUUAAGGAAGGGAGAUGACGAUUUAAAGACAGUAAUAUUGUUUUUGUCAUCACGGACGUUACCAGGGUCACAACAGGAACUCAUCGGAGAUUUGAGACUAUUAGGAUGCUGAUCUGAAAAGUUCACAAGAACGUCUGGAUGCGCGGGAAUAUAAACAUAACAAUAUAAUAUUUAUAACUGUAUCUAUUUCUAUUAAACGACACAGGCAGGGGUGUAGAAGGACGAAUUGCACCACAAAACACAUAUAAAAGAAAAGCAUAAAUGUUCAUCGCGUGGAAGGAAAUAUUUAAAAGUGACAUCCAGAAUGACUGAAUAUAUACUGAUUCAUACUGAGGGCUUCAUGAAAAAGGAAAUGAACUCGAGUGGUUUCGGUUUUAGUAAUAUUCUCUUGAAUUUCAUUCAUAAAACAAAAUACACAACGUAAAAAUCAUCGUUUGCCAGAGAACAAUGUAAAUCAAAAUCUUCCGUAUAUCUCAAAAUUCAGGAUGCUGUUAUUAAUUCUGCUUGUCGAUGAUUCUUAUUUUGUAAAAAUGAUGAAUUACAAAGAAUCCAAUUUCAAGAGAUGAGGAAGAAUUUGAUAAACUAAGUGGUUACAGGCCAUACAACUCUUGUCGUGAGCUGAGUGAACAAGUGACUUAAUACUGUCUGGAUUUAAUAUCAACAACGAUCAGCUUUCAUCAUCCAAAUGUUUUAAAAACCGAACAGAAAAAAACAACAACAAUUAAACUAAGUUACCAGAUUGCUUAACAGUGUGAAAUUACGGUUCGUCUGGAGUUAAACUAUAUUAACAACGAAAAAAAACUUUGAUCAUCCCAAAAUGGUGAGCAAUGCCUACACUGAUGUGGAUCAAAUCCCGGUGUUUCUGUUUAUCGUUGCUAUGAUGUGUAUCAGUCUCUUUGGUAACGGUAUCACGUGUUUUAUCUAUGGAUAUAAAUUACGUCAGACAGUAACGAGGAAUUUUAUAUUUACAUUAUCAAUGUUGGAUCUGAUGUCAUCCAUUAUCUGUAUGCCGCUCGAGAUUUAUAUUGUAGCGGAAAUAACAACAUUUAAAUAUUCGGAACUGUGCAAGUUUUCCCGCUACAUAACAUACGUGUCGCACUCAUCAACGUCGCUUGUGUUGCUAGCCAUCGCAUUGGAUCGGUAUUACAAAGUGUGUCGCCCCUUGCAGCCAUUUUUCAAUGUUCGAACAUCACGAAUUUACUGCUCAAUUGCUAUUUUGUUUUCGUUUCUGUUAGCGUGGCCUUCUAUUGUUCUUUACGGCACGAAAUCGGUGCCAGAAAUUAACGGUACCACGUGCUCAAUAUCCGAGGACAUGACAACCACGUGGUAUCCUCUCGCCUUCUACAUUUUGUACACUUUGUGUUUUUUGUCAGUGGCUCUAUCCAUGUCAAUUAUCUACGUGCGGAUUAUAAAACAGAUGAGGUUUCUGAAAAAGAAACAGACGAUAAGACGAAGUCGGGAAACGUUAAGACAAAGCCCAAAUAAAGCUGAAGAUGGUCCAAGCGUCGGCCAUGACGAAUCCACGACAACUAGAGAUCACGUGACAAAACGUACCAGCGAAGAAGGCGGUGAUACUGGGGGACGUCAACUACGAUUUGUGGAGGGAACGGGGAGUCUCUCUAGACCUGUUCGACUGCCAACCGAGGAACACAUUACGGGUGACGUUUCUGGCCCCGAAAACUCUCUGGAUAGCCCACCUAUUUCUGAAGAUAGUGGAACGAACACUGAUGACCACACUUCCGGUAAUAGGGCUGAUCAUUCCCAUUGUUAUCAAAAUAGCAAAGCUCAUCCCGAGGAUCUUCCGUCAAAUUCUGAUUGUGACCCGACUCACUCCGGGGAGUGCUCGCCCACUUCUGAUUGUAGAACGGAUCACUCAAAGGAACUCCUGUCAAAUUCCGAAUGUAGUGCAAAUCAGUCCGGGGAACUCCAGCCAACUUCUGAUUGUAAUGAGGAUCACCCCAAGGAACUUUUGUCAAAUUCAGAAUCUAUUGUAAGCCACUCUAAGGAUAAUGCUUUGAAUUCCGAACGUAGUGCAAGUCACUCUUCCGAACACCCGUCAUGUUCCGAAUGCAGUGCUAGUCACUCUACGCAGCUCCUGUCAAAUUCGGAAUUCAGUGCGAUUAAUUCCGAGGAACCUCCGCCAGAUUCCGUAAACAAGGUCGAUAAUCCAGCCCAAGUUCCUAGUAUAUCGGUUCAAACUAACACCCAUGGCUCCGAGAGUGGUGAUGACUCUACGGACGAUAAUCAAAUAAGUCCGGUUGCCCUACCCAGAACUAGGGCAAAAAUAAGCAAGGGCGCGCGGAGAUUAUCGGACAAAAUUUUGAGAAGAGACUCGAGUAAAAAAACAAAUAAAAAGCAGAAACAAUCCGUGGGAAUUGGAACAAUACCCAUAAUCCUUGUAGAUCAGGUGGAUGGAGAUCCGAGAGAAAGUAAAAGUAGACAAAAAUGUGAGCCAAUGUGCGCAAUAAAUCACCUGUUCAUCCAUGAUGAUCCUAGUAGCACCCAGAUGGAAUCUGAAACUUCUGGCCACGGUACACUCACCGAUUCCGAAGACGAAAGGAAUGUUGAAGCACCAAAUACGCGUUUUUCGUUCACUCGGAAAAAUAAAGUCCCGAAAAUGGACUCUUUGGACGUUCCACAACAACAAGUCGAUUCUCAGAAAAACAAUACCAGAUCAACAAGAUUUAAAUCUAUUUAUAAACCAGGAAAGACAACUCGUAUGCUUCUUACAGUGACUAUUCUUUUUUUCACGAGCUUUCUACCAUUUUUUAUCAUCGUCAUUCUCCGGACACGAUUAGGGGUUGAGUUCUUCUUCACCUUAAACCACGCGGAGUUCGUUUUCGUCGGAAUCUUUAUUCGGUCCUACCUAGUGAGUAACGCCUCUAACCCCAUAAUUUACGGCUUUCUUAACGACAAUUUUAGGAAUCAAGUGAAAAAACUUUUAAGUGGAAAGCUUCGUAGUUAUAGACCUAAUUCAAGUCGUGUUGUUAGAUGAAUAAUAUCUGAAUCGUACUGUAAUAUAAUUCAAGCCGUGUUAUUAGAUUAAUACGCUCUGAAUCGUGCUGUAAUAUAAUUCAAGCCGCUUUAUUAGAUUAUAACUCAAAUCCAAAUCUUACUCAAUCUGAUUAAAACACAGAUCCUUAUUCAUGAAAUCCUUAAAAUCGAUUUUAACAAAUUUUAAAUUACAUUCGAUGUUUAAGAGAUUGGUGUGUUCGUGAAUAAGGGCCGCGUCAUAAAUUAUUAUGAAUACAAUCCUAAAGCGAGGCGAAGCGUAUAUACUAUUAUCUAAAACCGCACAUAAUCUUAAAACGAGAUAUUAAAUAUUCAAAGAUAUUAACCAAAAACCGCGUUUUAAGACACAAUAAAACAACACCCAAACCGCGCUAUAUAAGUACCGCGGUAUAAGAUUUCAUAAAUACAAACCAAAAAUCGUGUUAUACAGAUAUCAUUGUAAUUAUGAAAUAAAACCGCGUAAUAAAAAAAAAUAAUUUCUGACUAACAAUCACAUGUUUGCAUGUGUUUACCUGGGGGGGGGGCUGAAUAUAUAUUUAAUAUUUAUAGAAACCUUGUUGAAAAUCGUUGGCCUUCCCGUUUAAAUAACUUCGCUAUAAAACUGUCUAUUUCUGAAUAUAUAUAAAAUGUAUAUGGUAUAAGUUCCCAGGGGAGGUAACGUACUUCUUUGGAUGCAGACCACCAAAUUUGUUUUUGUUAUUGUGUUAAUUCUUGUCUCGUAAACGUGCCCUUAACAACGAUAUUCUUACGUCUCACUAGACAACAACGAUAUUCUUACGUCUCACUAGACAAUAAAUUCACCAAAUAUCGCCAUUGAAAGUCAGUGGGUUUAGGACUUUGGUUUAAUGGCGGGCUAUAAAUUAACGGGAAAAACAUUCGUGAAUAUCGAGAUAGGGGAGGUAACUGGUGGACUGCCUCCAUUUUAAGCCCAGCUUACAAUCCGCCAUACGUGUUUUGACACGAACGGGUCGUAGAGUUUGGUAGCUCGCAGACCAGUCUGCGAUCUUCUACGGUGCCGAACACACGCAAGUGACGCGUAAGUCUCACGUACGGGUUUAUUCAACUUUUCCCCGUAGACUGCCCAUAGUAGCACGCAUCGCGGAUUGUGAGCUGAGCUUUAAAUAAAUAUUGGUGCAUGAUUUAGAGAUUAUGUAUAUUAUAAUGUUAUGCAUGUACGUUCUUAAUCUACUAAACUAGAAUCUGUCUGGGAGCAGACCUUGGGAUAUACAAUAAAAACAAUAAUUUAUAUAUCUUCACAAA